UUAACAAAAAAAAAAAAAAAAAAAGCAGUGUUGAGGUUUCUAGCUUAAAGUGCGUUGGAUUAACGUUCAUCCAAGGCUGUUUAGCAAGUCGUAUUGAAUUGCAGUUUUUACGGUGUGUGUUCGUCCGCUCCGUCGUGUCCGUGGUAGUUCAGCACCUAGGGGAAAAUGCACCUGAUUUUGAAUCGGUAUAAUAUUUUUUAAGAUGUAUUUCAACACCGAGGAGGAAAUGGUCCUAACGUAAAUUUAUAAUAAGUAAUAAAUGUGCACCUGGAAGUAAAGUAUUUACAGCGUUUUAAUCCCUAUUUAUACCGUGCAUCUCAAACCGAGGAGGAAACACUGAGAAGACAAAAGUACCUCCGAGACCCUGAGAACUCCCCCACACCACCAUGAAUGAAACCGUGCCCGAUACAGUAACUGGAUUAUAAUUUUUGGUGUUAUUAAUUUUAUUAUUAUUGGCUGCUUUACUUUUUUGGGUUCAACCUGCUCCUCUUCUUCCUCUCUCCCUUCCUCUUGCUGCUUCCUCUUGGGAAUUAUGGCUCAUCCGGGGAGAAGAGGCUACGAUAACCGGGAGAUAGUGCUGAAGUACAUCCACUAUAAACUCUCGCAGAGGGGAUACGACUGGGCUGCCGCCGAGGACAGGGCACCCCUGCCUCCGGGUCUCUCUCCUCCUCCUGCUGCUGCUGCUGCGGUUGCUGCUGCUGCUGCUGCUGCUGCUGGGACUUCCUCUGAUCACACUGGGCUGGUGUCUCCGCACCCCGAGCCCCCCGGCUCGGCUGCUGCUAGCCACGCGCCCCCGGCCGAGGGGCUGCCCCCCGCGCCCCAGGUCGUCCACCUCGCCCUGCGCCAGGCGGGCGACGAGUUCUCCCGCCGCUACCAGAGGGACUUCGCCCAAAUGUCCGGCCAGCUGCACCUGACGCCCUUCACGGCCAGGGGCCGCUUCGUGGCGGUGGUGGAGGAGCUCUUCCGAGACGGCGUUAACUGGGGCAGGAUCGUGGCCUUCUUCGAGUUCGGCGGCGUGAUGUGCGUGGAGAGCGUCAACCGGGAGAUGUCUCCCCUCGUAGACAGCAUCGCCGCCUGGAUGACCGAGUACCUGAACCGGCACCUGCACAACUGGAUCCAGGACAACGGAGGCUGGGAUGCCUUCGUGGAGUUGUAUGGCAACAGUAUGAGGCCUUUGUUCGAUUUCUCCUGGAUCUCUCUGAAGACUAUCCUGAGUCUGGUUCUGGUGGGAGCUUGCAUCACUCUUGGCGCUUAUCUUGGACAUAAGUAGAGUCACCCAGUUUAUCAUGGAUUACAAAAGUCUUUCAAAACAACAAAAUAAUAUUUUUUUUUCUGUAGCACAAUGAUAUUUUAUGAGCAAAACAACUUCCCAGCUAAAGAUUAAAUCAGCUAUUACUGCCAAAGGAAAUAUCAUUUAUUUUUACAUUGCAGGAAAAUUAUUUAUUAAAAGAUAUUUACAUUUUAACCUGCUAUUUUCAGAAACUCUGCAAGUUGUAUCUGUCAUCACAUCAUGUUGUUAUUCUUAAGUUUAAUGAGCCCCAAAGUCUUUUAGGUUCUUUUUUUAAUUAAUGCAGCUGGCUGGAUAAUUUUAUCUCUGAAGAGCAAAUAUACUGACAAAGACCUACCUGCUUACACUCACAAGGGCAGUUACUUGAGCUGCUAAAGGCUGCGUAAUUGUGUUGAUUUUCUUUGCGUUUUCUGGAUGGCUGGGAGGGAUCUGAAAGACAAGGUCAGCGUGAACAAAGUUCUCACCCUGUCCUGCUGGCAAGAACUUACAAAGUAAACGAUUCAACAUGGUACAUACGUGGAGUCAAGAUAGCAAUUUCCUGAAGGACACUUGGCUAUCCCUACAGGAGAACAGUUGGAAAUAUGAUUGCCUAUGCCUUGUGAACGCGCGUUUUCAAGUUACCGGUUGUGCCAUCACGUCAUAAUCACAAUACCCUAAUACGUGUCAACUCAAAUACUUUUUUUUAAUACAAGUGUGAAGUUAAAUCUUUGGGGCUUGCAGGAAAUUGCCGUUCCAAUGAUUUUCUCAGCGGUAAAACGUUUUUUGCGGCUACUGACACAGAAACAUCAGGAGACCUUAAGUGCCUGCUUCAACAGAGCAGAGCUGGAGUCUGAAGACCUGACCUGUGUCCCACUUUAGUGGGCUCAUAUCUGCAACUAAUCCUGUUUACUUACUGAGUUCCUCCAGGGGUUUGAAACCAAUUAGAUGCGGUCUCUAAAUCCCCGAAAGUUGAAAAAGAUCUUAAUUUUAUUUGGCAAGAAGCAGACCUCAGCCGAGUUACAGAUUAGCUCUGCCUAUCCUUGUUUAUCAAACUGGACACCAAAAUCAAGUUCAUUUUCAUAACAGGAAAAGAAAGUGAGCUUUAUCCUCCUGCCCCUCGCCCUCAAAAUUGUUUCAUGCUAAUAAUUUCCUAAGACUGUCUACAGAAGAAAAGAUGAUGAAGAAACUCCAAAUCCUCUCUCUGGACAGAGACUCCGACACCUCGAUUGCGCAGGUGCCUACUGUCAUUUCAAGCGAAAAUAGGGUGGAGGAAAAGGGGGGGGGGGGGCUGAAGUCAUUUGCUCAUGUUACAAAAUGCAACUCAAGUAAAAUUAAUGCAGAAUGCUCGGUAUACAGUUUUAUAAACAGACCUGUGUUCUGAAACCAGAUGUGUCAAUGCAUUUUAAAGCGGGGCUUUCCGUGCGCUCGGGGGGGGCCAGGAGUCCCGACGAAGCCGAAGAGUCUGAAGCGUGUCCCACGGGCUGCUUCGGGGCAUGGAAAUGUCCAGCUUCAAAUGUUUAAGUCAAGCGCUCCUAUUUUUUCUAUAAAACUUUUGAAAUCCGGGAUUUGUGGGUAAAUGGACGUCCAGACAUAAAAAGAAAAGGUUGCAAAGCUCUGGAUAAAAUGUACCGUACAAUACAUAAGUGCUCUAAGGGUGAAAAAAAAUACAGUGAAUAAACUGUAGGUUCAACCUCAAGAUUUCAGUCGAAUAACUUUGUGGCAUUAUAUGCAAAAUAUCUCCAUUAACUUGGGAAUGUAAUAUGUUCAAUGUUAAGGCUGUAGUUGAUGUGUCUUCAAAGCUGCUUUUUUGUUUGUUUGUUUGUUUUUAAAGAGUUGUACAUCUCAGCAUUUUUACUGCUAUUUAGUCGUGGCACCUACACUUUGUAUGAGCAAAGAUGGCGAGAGCUUACAUUUCAAAUUUGAAAUUACUUUUGAUUUUAUAGAAACAUAGAAAGGAAAUGUUUCUAAGAACACAAAAAUGUGAACUAUGCUUGAUUAAAGAAAAAUGAAAAAUCCCACCAUCAAACAAAAAGCACCUGCAAUGUUUUCAGAGCGCUUCUGUCAGAAGUGGGCAUGCUCGUGUAGGGUUCGUAUGAAAAAUAUCUGAAAUGGGAGCAAACGAAUAUUGUGGAUUGAGUGUGGGCUUUGGUUUUUUCAGCUUCCAAGUUGAAUUUGUCUGCAGCCAAUUUCACAACUGGAAUUGGCUGGUAUCGAGCUAAUGUUUCAUUUCACAAUCUAGUCUUCGUUUCAAUUUGUGCCCAUACGCCCAUUAAAGUUCAUGAACUAUUAGACCUCAAAUUGUUUCAAUAUUGUUUAUUUUAUUAAAGGUUUACAUUGUCAAAAGUAGUAAAAGAGUAACUAUCAAUUCCAGUGCUGCUAUACUACCAGGAUAAUUUGAAUGGGUUUUAUUUUUUCAUACCUUCCAACGGCAAAAGUUUUUUAAAGCUGCUUUAGAAAUAAUAUGAAGAAGACACAUGAUACACAUUUAAAUAAAUACUGAGGAUUUUGUGUUCUGUUGUGUCUACUCACUGGACUUCCCAGUGUAUUAGUUAGUACCAGGCAAAAAGAAAAGUCAUGAUGACUGUUGAUGAUUUUAUUUUAUUAAAGAGCUAAUGGAUUUUUCCCAUCCUGACUGCAGAAUAGUACAGUAUUGUGGCUGCAUUAGGUAUAAUGAUAGUUGAUAAUACAUUUAUUAAGAAACAUAUUAGAAACAUUGAAUGUAUAUAAAAGCUUGAACUUCUUUAAUAAAAUCCUCUCCUCUCACUCCUGCAUUUCUUUUGCAAUAAUUCCUGUCUUUCCUAUUCUUCAUUACACUUUCACAUAAGAUUUUUUUCCCCCAAAAUGCCUUAUAGACUUCUAUGCUCCAAGACUAUGCUUCAGUGAAAAUCCAUCCGCUGUCACUAUGUAUGCACACACAGCUGACCACUCCCAACAUAUCCAAGUUGUAAAAGCGAAAAAUAAAAAAAGAGAGACACUUCUGAAGUUGGUUAGGUGUGGAAGAUCAGAGGACAACAAAGGAAGAGGUCAAGAAGUGGAGGGAAACAAAGAGAUCACUGAAAUAUCUCCUUGGUUAAAGAUGACUGUUACCUGGAAUUUGUUCAUCUCUCAUCCUUUCCCUUGAAAAAGGAUGAUGUAAGAAGGGUAGAGUAAAAGAUUACAAAGACCCCACAAUUAUUCUUCACUAUAAAACAUUGUUAAUUCUGAAGGCAGUCUUUUGCAAAACAGCAAAUCCAUAGGAUUUUAAGAGAAAUACUUGAUUUUGCUGUAUUCAAUUUAUUUGUCAUUAAUUCUUUUUCUCUCCAUUUAUUAAGAAAAUAAUGAAGGAAAAUAUUUUGCUUCUGAAAAAAAACACCCCUGUAAGAUCACCUAAGAUCUGUUAUAGAUCAGUAACUUAGGAACAGAUGGAAAAACAAGAAAAAAUUCUGCAGGUUAAGUAUUCUGAAAUCAGAGCUGAAACAGAUGACAUUUCUUAAUAGAACAAGCACUGGAUCCACCGAAGGAGUAAUGGGGCUGUCCAGGUGACAGAGAAUAUACAGAUAAGGAAGGAGGCUGGAAGAUAUGGAGAAUGACAUUGGUAUGUAAGAAAAUCUUGAGUUUCAUAUGAUGCAGGAGUUCAUCCAAGAUGGUCUGAAAACCACUUUUAACUAAAACCAGAUACAAAUGUGCGCACUACAUGACUAUAAUUACUAAAAAUUUUCAAUUACAAAAUUAUUUGUAAAUUAUUAUAAAAUUACCCAAUCACUAGAAAGGGUCAAUUUGCUAUUGUGAUUGGGGAUUACACAGCCUGAGUAGGGUUGCAGUAAUAAGGAACAAUUAUGAAGAAACAAUGUUUCUCUGAAACCAGAUGUGCAAAGGAGACGCAAAGGUGAUGCAGUUCGAAGAAUACAGACCCAGUACCCCCAAUCCUUGCAUGCAUGCAGUCUCCCCAGCUGAGGCAGUGGGAGUCAGCUGUACGUAAGGACUGCAUGCUUUGACCCUGAAGCAUGACACUGUGCUUAGCUGUGUAUCUGCACUCCACUUCACAAACCUAGAAGUCCUAUUGAUUAAAAGUAUAGUGAAGUAGCAUGUUAAAGCCUAUCUUUUUUUUCCUCUCUCUAUCUUUAAACAAGCUAGCAAGAUGAUUCAUUUGUAUUAUGAGUUUAUGGCUCAGUACUAUAUGAAAAAUUAAACAACUUUUGAUUUAUGAGUAUCAAAAUUCUUUCUCAUUACAAAAGCCCAGCUUUGAUUUUCAUUCCUAUCUCUCUUUCAAACAAGGCUAAAUACAAGGAAGACAAAAGAGCUAGUUUAAUCUGUAUUUGGUUUAAAUCACACUCCUAUACUAAGUUAAUGCAGCUUCAUCACAUAAUGAAAUCUUUUCCAAAAAGUUAUACAGCAUUAAGAAUUCCACAUAAAAACUGUAUAUUUUUAUAAUUUAAAUAGCAUAUUUUUUCUUUUUCUUCUGAAUAUUUGAAUUUUAAUUAUCACCAGCAUAAAUGUACAUAAGCAGAUAUCGUUUACCCAGUACCUUUGGAUGAUGUAUGUAUGGUAAUGUAGUUUGUCAGUUUAUCAUCAUUUAAUAUGAUUAUGUUGUUCUUUGUCUUUAAAAUGUUGUAAGAACAUGCUGCCAUUAAACUUUCCAUGUCUGUCUAGUUAAUAUUGUGAAAAAAAUAAUAAAGCACACUGUGAGUUA